AAUUCUGAAUCAGGCUAUCAGUGAACGCCACGUGUUCAUAAUCUUUCGUCUUCAAACUUCAGUGCCGAGACCAAGACCUUCCCUUUAUUUUUUGCACCAUUUGUUUUCCUUCGUUACUGGAUUCAGUUUUCCUUCAUUACUUUGCCAUUGAGAAAUUCUCUAGCAGAAACCGGCUGCAUCUUCUGGGUAGUUUUUCUCCUCUUUUUCAGUCAAGCAAAAGGAUUUGCAUUUUUGCAGAAAGAGAAAGCUGGUAAUCCUUGUUAAUCCUCCGUGGCCGUGCUGCUCUUUCUUGAGAAAACUUCUAUCAGAAUUGUUUUUCAAUCUGCUUUUUUAUGGGAUUUUUGUUGUUUUCUGAUGGUUUUCUCUUUGUUUGUCCUAUUUCUUAUCCAGCUCAAGAGGGCUCUUCUUUAUCUUGUUUUACUCCUUCUCGUUUCCAGUCACCAACCCUCUCUAUCUUUGUUAUCCUCAUAGAUGAUUGGCAUGGUUGGGAACGGACACAAGACUUUAAGUCGCGCCAUUAAAAUGAUUCUUCCCCCAAAUAAUAUACAAACAUCUUCAUUUCUCAGAGUUUCAGGGGCUGGUUUGUCAAUUGCAGUUCAUGUUAACAAUCAAUGGCACAUUGUAAGGAUCUCUGCUGGUUUCUUCGAGAACUUCAAUGCCCGUACUACAACAGGAAGGACAGUGGGAGUGGAUAUCUUCCAAUUUUAUGAUUUACUAGCUCCUCACAUGAAAUGUAAUUCGUGUUUCACCAUCAUAGUUGACAAUGAGGGAUCUACUUCCGAUCGCAUCUGGGUUUGGUAUCAAGAUGGCCGUAUGUAUACCACACAGUCCAUAGAGACUGUGGGUAUACCUAAUGGUGCAGAUCAGGGAAUCAAUGUGCUUGAACUUGAGGCCACUGAUCAUAGAUACAUAAAUUUCAGUAGGAGGGUGCUUCGCAGGUUCUUUAACAAGUGUUAUCAUGAGGUGAUGCAUGUGCAACCACAACUGCGAGCUGGUCCUAGUGAUGAAUUACGUUUGAGAGUUACUCAUCAAGAGAUAAGAGCUGAAGCACCUGGACUCGUUCAAACAUAUUCUUCAUUGGCUGGUCAUUACAACAUGCAUGAAACUGCAAGGGACGUGGAUGUGGUGGGUGAUGAUGAAGAGAUUAUUGUGCAGUUCCCUCAAGCCACUGGUUGGUUUAUACGGCCUGCACGACGUGCAGAAUCCAUACGGGUGCACUUAGGUUCAGUCAGACCACUUGAGUUUCGAUUUGCUAACUGUAGUGUUUAUUUUAUAUGAUGAUUACUAGAUUGAUAAAAAAAAAAAAAAAGAGUUUGGUUAUUACUUUGAUGGAUCAAUGUGUACAAGGAAUGCUGAAUCUUUUGCUUUAUGAAUAUUAUAUGAUAAUGUGCAUAUUAAUUUGUUAUGUCCCUAUUUGUGCAAUCAAAAAUGUGUUUUAUAAGGAAAAUUGUAUUUUAAAAAUGCAGCUUGUCUUAUAAAUUUAUUUUAAAAUU